AAGAAAGGACGCUAAAGGCAACAUAUUGGCAAUACCUGCUGUCAGUGGGCAGUGUUUCACCAGCAGAAACAGGGAACAAAUAUUCUCAGUUCCUAUUUGUAUGUAUGUAUGCUGGGUAGUUUAAAAUAUAACCAGUUUAUCUAGCUUCUUCUUUCGGAUGUGAGCCUAAUCCCCUCCAGCCACCGGAAGCGCUAAAUAAAGCCGAGGUUGCAAAGUGCGUCACAGCGCGGAGCUGCAGAGACUAAACGGGACCUGCUCUCCAGCACCCACUGUCUUCCUUUUUCUGUUUGCACAAGAAACCCCAGCUGAGGUUUCCUCUCCAGCAUGGUGAAGAUCGCUUUUAACUCUGCUUUGGCGCAGAAGGCGCUGGGCAAAGAUGUACCAGUCGCUGUGAAGGAUCCUGAGCUGGCCUCUGCUCCAGUGGGCAACGAGGGCUCCACAGGUCGCUGCCUGCUCACCCUGCUGGGCAUCGCCUUCAUCCUCAGUGGGCUCAUUGUGGGGGGAGCGUGUCUCUACCGAUAUUUCACACCCAAGAGGCUGUAUCAUGGUGCCAUGCAAUUCAAUGACAUAUCAGCUGGAGGUGGAGGAGAGAACCAGCCGUACUACCUGCCCCGAGUGGAGGAGGAGGUGGAGAUCUCCGACAGCAUGGCCGUUAUCAGUGUCCCGCCUCCUCGCUUCAGACCUGGAGACCCUGCUUACAUUCUCCAUGACUUCAACAGGAAGCUGACUGCAUACCUGGACCUGACUCUGAGGACCUGCUUUGUGAUCCCUCUGAACACCUCUGUGGUGCUCCCCCCUCAGGACCUCAUUGACCUCUUCUCACAGCUGAUGUCUGGCUCUUACCGCAGCUACUUAGUGCACGAGGAUCUGGUGGUGACGGAGCGUAUCGAUGAUAUCAAGCCACUGGGCUUCUACAUCCGCCGCCUGUGUGAUGGAAAGGAGACAUACAGGAUGCAACGCCGCUCCAGCCUGCCAGGUGGAGGCAUCCAGAAGCGCUCUGCCGACGAGUGCUUCACCAUCCACCACUUUGAGAACAAGUUUGUGACUGAGACCAGGAUCUGCAAGGCUUGAUGGGAAAAACGAGCAUAGGUUAGGAAGCGAGUGAGAGAGUGUGAGAGAGACAGAUCGACAGAGUGUGAGAGUGAUUGAGUGACAGACAGGUUGAGAGUAGGAGGUUGUGAACGAGGGAGGGAACAACUUUUUAGCAGAACGUCUUUUGUAUAGAAUUCUUAACUCCAGUUUUUUUGCUCCCCUGCUUUAACCCCAGUGAGAAGUGAAUUUAAGAUACAGUGCUAGCUUAACCCCUAUCUUCUGCUGUAUACCCCUGAACCUGUAUUAGUCAUAGCUCUUUUGCUCAAAUAUUGACUAGUUAGAGAACCAGCAUCAGCCUGCUUUCUGAGGAGAUACUCUGAGUUUAGUUUGUUGUGUUUUUGUUCUGUUGCUUUCACUCCCUGCUGACUUAUCUUAUCAUUGUUACUGUAUUUCAACAUCCAGUCACCUCCAGAUAGAAGUUGUUAUACCUACUACUGAAUAUCCUAGAUAUACUGACGAGUCAUUCAUAUCAGACUGUCCGUGUCAGCCUACUGUUCUGAUCUGCUGUAUGUUAUAAUGUGAUAUAGCACAAGUCACCCUGGAAAUGUGAGGUAUAGUUACAGCACACAUGUAACAUGGUAGUCUGUGUUAUUAACAGAUGGUACCAGAGCAGAGCUUACACUCACCAUUUUUGUAGAUAUUUCCCAGAGUGCCCUGCUGCUCCCAGAGGCCCUCUGCUGUCCUGAUGUAAUGAUUUUAUUUAAUUAAUGAUGUCAUUCCUAGAGGUGAACAGUCCAGAACCCUAUACAACCAGUGUUUGUGUUUGUGUAGAAACUACAUGUGUGACAGUCAACAUGAGGGAUGGCUGAUGAGAUGAAGAAGUGAAUAAGCUAAAGGGACAUUUCACUAAAUUCAACUUUAAAAACACUUUGUCGAUGUUUUUGAAUUCAAAUGUUUAUGAAUUUGUACCACAGUAAAAAAGGUUAUCUGCAAUAAAUAUUUCACUGUAAGAGGCGUCAUUAAGCAGCUAAACUGUUUUCAGAGUAUUCACAGGAACUGUUGGUCUCUGAAAAUCAUUUGAUGAGUCUGAACCCCGGAUCUGAACAAAGGAAGAACUCUGAAAGGAAAAUCUUGAAAAUAGUCCCUAUUUUCAGAUUACAUGGAUCAUUUUGGGUGGUUUCCACUUGAUGCCUGCAAAGACAGACAAUCAGACAGGACGUGUGCUUGUAAAAAUUUGUUCUUGUCUCAGCUUUUUAACAAUACUAAAAACCAAUGUUGUGUCCAGCUACUGAAAUAACUUUCACUUUGUUGCUGAAUAAAGUAACAUUUCUUUACCUUAAGCGUGAA